AUGCCCUCAGGUUGCCGUAAGCUUUUAUUCUUUUUUCGUUAGCGUUGUUUCUUUCAUUUCAGCUUUCAACUCGGCUGGGUCUGUAGAUUCUCAGCCACCGCUUCAAUCUCCGGUGUUCGGUGAGCCACGUUUGUCGAUUUCUAUGCCGUUUUACAAGGGGAUACUCGAAAUUGUUAUACCCAGUUUCAGAUUUGAAUAACCCGGAAGCGAAACUUAAAAUGCGUCAAGAAAUGGAGCGUCUUACCGAGAAACAGAAGCAAAUAUUCAAAGAGACAUUUCCAGAAAUUUACAAAGACUUCAGGCACAAUGGUCUUGUUCUUUUUGCCAAGUUUAACCAGAUCCUUGUAUAAAUAUCUUUUUUCUAUUCCAGAUACUUCUCCGAGCAUCCACAUUAUAAGAACAUUUGGCCUCAGUUCCGUAAUCUUCAAGACAGUGCUCUGCUGGCUUCUAAUCAGCUUGCCAAUCAUUGCUCUGUUUACAUGAGCGGUUUGAAAGUGAGUAAGUCGCUCGCAUAGAAGAGAAAAAGGAAAAAUUGAAAAUAUUCGAAUUUCCGGUCAGAAGGAAGUAGAAAGAUUACGGGAUGCUGAAGAUUCUCGUUUGUUUACAGGAAAUUGUGGAAGUUAUGGAUGACGAAGAAAAGCUGACCUAUUUUAUGGCAAGAAUUGCUCGUAGCCACGUAAAAUGGAACAUCAACAAGUACCACAUUACGGUAGACAAUAAGAAUUAAAAGCUCACUAGGGAAUCUGUUUAGAAUAUGCUGGAAGGAAUUGACAACGUGCUCAGUAGAACAUUUGGAGACCAACUGACCAGUGAAGUUGUGGAGGCCUAUCACACUUUGUAUGAUGUCAUUGGCAACCUUCUGGACAUACAGAAGAAACUAGUCAUCAGAAGACCUUUUCAGUAG